UUACCUCAGGAGUAAUGGCGAAGAUCGAUCUGAUCAGCAACCGGCCGGGAUAACAAUGACGUAUCUUGUAGAGCGCUGGAAGAGCUGGUUCUCAGGUCCCGCCCACCACUACGUCAGCGGGUAACUAUCCAUUCAGCGGCGGCAGCGGGCCGGAGCGGGUUCUGAUAAGCCGCGAUCAAUUCAAAGGACGGCGGUUUGAGCCGUUUGCGUUCAAAAAAGGUAGCCGUGUUGAUUUUGUGAUGGCGUCCGGUCGUAGCAGUUGGAAUUACGACGCCCCAAGGCACUUCAAUUUCGGCAACCCGCAGGAAGACGAUGACCCCACGGCUGACUACUGGUUCGAUAAACAAAUGGAACAAAACAAAGCUACAGCAAUUACCAUGCCCGAAUCUGUACCAAUUGUACAAAAUUCAAAUUCCGGAGUGGAGCAAAAUGGAGUAGGAGCUAGCCCAGUGCUACACAGCCAAGACUCGAAAAUGUGUGAAGAUUCUUCUGAAACAGAACCACAACUUCAAGAGGUUUCAUCUACAAAAGUUGCAGCCAGUAAGCCACCAAAUAACUUGGCAGUGUCCCUGGAAGAAUGGAAAACCAAAGUAAACAAGACCACCGUGCCACCAAGAAGAUCGACACGCAGACCAUCUGAACAAUUGAGAAAACAGUUGGGCAGCAUAAGAGCCUCCAGGCGCUCUCAAGAUGUAAAUAUGACAGAACCUCCAGUUAACAAAAAAGCUCGCAUGGAUUCAAGUGGAAAUUGCUCCAAGAGCAGAGCUGGUAGUCUAAGUCAGAAUAAGGGCAAAUUGACAAUGCCUGGUACUCCUACAGUUCUCAGGAGGCAGCAACAUAUGGGUUCAAAGGGAAAAAGCACAGAAGAUUUGGAGAUGGAAAAAAUUGCUCAGUUUCAGAAGGAAAUGGCAGAGCAGAGGAAAUUAAAUGAAGAAUCGCUAAAGCUUGCCAUCUCUGGUGCAGGUCAGACUAAGAAAAAGAUGCAGAUCCCAGUCACAAGGCCAGUGGAUAUAAAGUUCCACACAGACAAGCGCAUAAAAGCGCAUGAAGGAGAAGUGUACAAGGAAGUGAAUUUUACCAGUGACUUGCGCAAAUAUCAGCAGCCUUCUAUGCGUGAGCACAAAGGUGUCACAGUAUCGAAGCCUUUCAAACUCUCUGGGAGCAAACGGAAGCACGUGGAAACGAAUAGUCAAGCAUACGUUUCUCUGGCGGAGCAGGUAGAAGCUUUCCAAUGUCGGACACCGUCACGGUAUCACCUUAGGAGCACCCAUUGUGUGGAUGAAGGUCCUUCUGGGGUGUCUGCAAAAGUGAAACUGACUAAACCUCACACUCCUUUAUUGACGACUAAGAGCCGAGCUCGACCAGCCACAUGUAAAAGUACAGCUGAAAUAGAAGCUGAAGAGCUAGAGAAAAUACAGUCGUACAAGUUCAAAGCCCAGGAAUUAAACACCAAAAUCCUAGAAGGUGGCCCAAUCCUACCAAAGAAGCCACAUGUUAAAGAACCAACAAAACCUAUUGGCUUUGAUCUGGAGAUAGAGAAGCGCAUCCGGGAAAGAGAAGAAAACAGGAAGCACGAAGAAGUGGAGGAUUAUACCUUCCACUCACGGCCCUGCCCUUCCAAGAUCCUAGAUGACGUUGUGGGAGUGCCAGAGAAAAAAACUCUACCCAUAACACUGCCCAAAUCUCCAGCUUUUACGCUGAAGAACCGUGUGAGAAUGUCCCUCAAGGAGGAGGAGAAGAAAGAAACACGUGUGAUUAAAGCAAAUCCCAUGCCACACUAUGCUGUCCCGUUCAAGCCAAAGUCCACUGGAGAAACUGUUAUAGCAGUUCAGCCUUUCUCAUUUGAGACCCGGGACAAAGAAAGAGAAGCAUUAAAACAGAAGAAAAUAGAGGAAAUGCGCAAGAAGGAGGCUGAGGUCCCUGUAUUUAAAGCACAGUUGCUUCCUGACUUUGAAUCUGCUCAUCUGCCUGAGAAGGUGGUGAAGCCCGUGACCAAAGUUGAACCAUUUCAUUUACGACUAGAUGAACGUGGUGCUAUCAAAGAACAAGAGUGGGCAGAGAUGAUGAAGGAAGAACUGAAAAAACAAAAAGAAGCAGCAUGUUUUAAAGCCAGACCCAACUCUGUUGUUUACCGUGAGCCAUUCCUGCCAAAGAAGGCAGACCAAUCAUUAACAGAAAGGCUUCCUUCCCUGGCUCCAGAGAAGUUUGAAUUAGCAACAGAGAAGCGUGCAAAAGAGCGCAUGGAAUUUGAAAUGCGCAAAGCACAAAAAGAAGCCUUCCGAGAGAAACGUGAGCAGGAAUGGAAGAAAGAGGCUGAAGAACACGAAAGAGAUGAAAUAGCUAGACUUCGGCAGGAGCUAGUACACAAAGCAAAUCCCAUCAGGCAGUACAAAAAAAUAGAAAUCAAGCCCAGUGAUCAACCACUAACAGUUCCUCACACUCCUCAGUUUUCUGAAAGAUUUAGGCUGUAAUGUACAUUAUUAACUCGGGGGUGGGGGCCGUAAUCCAUCUGUAAUAUUUCUAAUUUCACCCCAGGAUUACUAAAAUACUUAGUGCAAAGUCAUGUUGCCAAUAAAAUUAUUUUAUUGCUUUUGGUUA